AUGAGGAUUCAACUUGGAACCAAACCGGUAACUCGGCGAGAUAUGGAAGAAUUGAGAUCCAUUUUAGUCGACCUUCAGGGUCAACUCAAUUCAAUCGCCGAACGUAUACCUCAAACCAGGCAAACAGAUGUCUCAUCGAACGCUUCCAACAGGUCCUGGUCUUUUUCUCGGUCUCCUUCUGAAAGCUUGAACAUCGACACGACACUUCCGGGCGAUGCUGCGCCUACCUGCACCGAGCAAUACCAUACGCCCGUUCUAGUGAAUUUUCACAAAUGGGCGCGGAUAAUUCUCGGUCUAUACGCAGAUAAAGCAUUCUGCGUUGCAUACCAACCAUUUCUGAAAAACGCGAAGAGCCGGAUAUGGCCCGCCGCGAGACAAAGUGCUCUUCGCCACUGCCAUGGCUUUAUGGAAAAGUUCAUUUCUCUUGCUACCGAUCCCGAUUUUCAGCCUUUCCACUGGAGCUGGCCUGGAAACCACCAACCUAUGCAUGCCACUAUGAUUAUGCUCAUUGACCUCUAUGAGCGGCCAUACAGCCCAGAGGCUCCUAAGUCCCGGGCCUUCAUAGACAAGAUAUUCUCCCUCACCGGCCCUGAUGGAGGCGUGGUUGGAGGCGAGGAUGGCAUAUCAACACAACGACCAUUAAAGGAUGGAGGCCGCGAGGCCUGGGACAUGAUCCGCAGGUUACGGCACAAGGCCUGGCAAAAGGCGGGGCUUGACCCUCAGAAGCUCUGGACUGAGCAGGCACAAAUCCAAGCUGGUGCUGCUAUUCCCGAUGACUGCAUCGCAACAAAUCCUUACUAUUCUGGCUCCUCCGCACAUCUGCAACCGAUACACAGCCGAGAGCAGUUGCUUGAUUUCGGCAAGGUGUUCUACAGCAUGACGCGUGCGCAAGCUCUUCCAAGCAUUGCGGCUACUCUUCAAGGCGCCAACUCUAUACCACGAUCUAUCCGCUCACGCUAUCCAAUGUCCUCGACCGCCCCGGUUUCGCCGCGAAAUACUAUGUCCAAUCCUCAACUCAUCUCCUCAUCUCCGGACUAUCCUCAUUCCCCUAUCUCCUCUACUAGCACAAGCCCAAUGGCUGUUCCGGCUGCGCCCUCAAAUCCCAAUAUAAUUCCUUUCAGCCAUCAACAACCGGGUACUUCACCUUCAGCCGUCCCAUUCCCUCAAGGGCUAUGUAUGCCCAUGGCACCACCAGCACAAGCACCGGCAGCGCCGCAGCCGCCCCUACAGUUCCUAGACGCACUCUCCCCCUCACAUCCACUCAACCUCAACGUCCCUACACCACCAUCAAUGCUUGACCCGAAUUUGAAUUUCGAUUGGGACCAGUGGGACGCUGUUUUUGGCCAGCACCUUCCUGUCUCCGACGAACUUAUGGAACUCGACCCUGUUACUGGCUUCGAGUUUGGUGGUAGCGGGUCUGGGAGGGUGAGUCGCGCAGGCAGCUUCAAUGGGAGCGAGUCCAGGAUGAGAGGCGCAAGUACUGGGAUGCGGAGUCCAGGGUGGAAUGGUUACUGUUAA